CGGAUAAUUAGCCCAAGAAACACUAUAUUCAUGCUUAGGUGGAGAAAAGCAGGGCUAGAAUUGGAAUCCAAAGCCCAGGAUGGCAGGAGAGGAUGUGGGGGCUCCACCCGAUCACCUCUGGGUUCACCAAGAGGGUAUCUACCGCGACGAACACCAGCGCACGUGGGUGGCCGUCCUGGAAGAGGAGACGAGUUUCCUAAGGGCACGAGUUCAGCAAGUUCAGGUUCCUUUAGGUGACGCAGCCAGGCCAAGUCACCUUCUCACCUCCCAGCUACCUCUCAUGUGGCAACUCUACCCCGAGGAGCGCUACAUGGAUAACAACUCUCGCUUGUGGCAGAUCCAGCAUCAUUUAAUGGUCAGGGGAGUACAGGAGCUGUUGCUUAAGCUUUUGCCUGAUGAUUAAUCUGGUGCUGGGAUUCUAGGAAGAUAUGCCCCUCUGUUCUGUUCAGUAUAUGGCAAUCACGUCAUCCACCACUGCAGUGCACCCACC